AACAACUGAUUGAAAUUACCGAAAUACGACAACUUUAACACGAAAUAACUUCGAAAAUAUAGUAUUUUCUUAAAAACGCCAAGAGUAAAUGAUGUUUUAAAUGACACAUUCUACCAUUAUACGAAAUUUGAAAGUGUUUAGUUACAAAAAAUUAUUUUUUCUAUGUGCCGGCCAAAAGGAAAAGAUCCGUUAAUUCUAAUAGCAGGAGUGACCGCAUAUAAGCUUCAUCGUUCAUUCGACUUGCCAAAGCGUUGAUUAGAUUUAUUUUUUAUUACAUAAAUAUGUUACUUUUUGUAUUUUAUGUACUAUUAUAAUUGAACCUUAUAAUGUCUAACAUGUUCAACGACAGACAAAAUGAAUGCCUUUCCUAGGCAAACAGUGCGGGAGAUGUACUGAAAGAACCGUAACAAUCUGAGCGGCUGAUUCUUAUGGAUGGCCAUUACUCACCCAUUUAGACUAGCAUGAUGGCUCGGUGUGAGGGAGACUUAGGAUGCCAGACUAUAGGUUUGAAAAGAAAUCUACCAAAGUGCAACACAUCGGGAGACAAAACCUGAUACCGAUUUCACCAGGUUACUACCGGAGAAAGUAUUUUUGUAAGGUGCAUCCUAUAUAAGUGAGUUGUAGCUUUGGAAGACUGUACUAAAAUUUAUUGUCUUUUCGACAUCCGUAUUUCUAAACGUAUGCCGAUUCUAAACGUAUGUUGAUUUCUAAACGUAUCCCAUAAGACAAAUCUAGGCGACUAUACAAAUAUUCGCGAUAAGUCUUUGUAAUCGAAAAUUUUGCAUUUUCUAAAAUUUAUUAGCAGUCAUAAUUACAUUGAUUCGAUUUAAGACAAUUAAAUAUAAAAAUUAUAAAACGCAAUUUCUAUAACCCGAAACUAUAAUCAGACGGAAGUUAUGUUUAAUACAAUUAGCCAAUCAAAAACAAGUAUUCAAAAUUUAAAAUUGGAGUCGAAGAUGGAUGUUGAUAAAGACGUGCUAAAGAAAGAGUCGCUUACAUCGAAAAAGAUGGAAAAAUCAUCAAAAUUAAAAGAAACCAGUAAAGUGAAACUAAAAGUUGUGAAGAAAAAAGUCCAUAUACGACAGUAUAAAAGUUUAAAUCGUUCUAACAGCAGUUUUAACAGCAGCUUAAAUGCUUCAACAAAAAUGAAACAAACAUUGAGAUCUAACAACAAAGCUCUAGCUUAUGCAUUACAGGUUGCAAAGCAAGACUUAGCAUGGGCCACUAACGUCAUCUCUUCUCUUAGGUUGGAUAAUAGAAAUCUGAUGCUUGAAGCUGCCGGUAAUAAGUAUAUGGCUUCACAUUGUCUUGAAGAGCAAGUUGGUGCUCGGUUGAAGCCUAUUCUGAUGAUGAUUAAGCAAAAGGUUUCAGAUAUUGGUGAACAUCUUACCAUUGUUACUUCAACAGUACAAGAGAUUUCUGAAAGUAUUGUAUCUUAUUUAUCUACACCAGCUGCUAACUCAAGAUCAAACUCAAUAGAAAUUGGACGAAAUAUAGAAAAAACUCCUACAGAAAACCCUAAUGAAAAGAUUUUGCUCAAUAAAGAUGCCAUAGGUGAUGUUGCCUUAAAGAAAAAUGUUAAUUCCCAGAUUUGUAAUGAUCUUAGCUUCAUAGCUGAGACUUUUAUUGAUACAGAUUAUACUUCAAAUACACUUGAUGUGUUGUCUAAAGUUGAUGAAUUGGAAUCUGAAAAAUUGUGUAAAAAUGCUGAUGAAAAUCUACAUUUAAAUGUUCCCAUUGAAAAACCUAAAAUUGCUACUAAAAGUCACCCUGAUGUAAAAAGACGUUCCAGUAUUGAAUUUAGACGGGAAUCUCUGGAUGAAAUCGAUUUUGGUACAACUCUCCCGGCUACCCGAAAAAAGCGCCGUUCUUCAUUCCUCUUGUCUGCUACAGGUCUUGGUAAAAACCUUCACCAACAACUGGAUAUUUUAGAACCAUCAGUUAUUAAAGAUUCUUAUGCAGAAGAAGUUAAUUUGGAAAAUGCAGCUGUAAUAGAUUCAAAUACAUCAGUGAACAGAAAUAGUUCUGAAUCUUCUGACAGGGAUAAAGUAGUUAAAAAUAACUCUAACCAUAUUCCUUGUACUGAUGCAUCAAUGUCAAAUGGUAAAACUGCAGAAACAGCCUUAGUAGUUAAUGAUGCUGAUAAUGGUUUAAAUAAUGCCAUACCUAACACUACAAUAAAUGGAGAAGUUGACAUGGAAUUGACUGAAAUAAUAAAUAACACUGAUGUAAUGCAUGAGUCAUCACAAAAUUUACCAACUGGUAAUGAUGUUCAUCCAUCUGAUAUAAAUCUGGAGAAACAAAAAGAUAUGACUGUUGCUAAAGAAACUUUUGUUAAACCAGCAAUAGUACCUAAGAAAGUAAAACCAAAAGGCAACAAAAAAUCGUCAAAAAGCUCAAAGGAUAAAAAGGAAGAUGAAGGAGUUAAAUGCAAAGAAACUGAUGAUAAUGAAAAUAAAACUGUUAUUGAGUUAAGGUUACCAAAACCUGGGAAGAUUAUUUUUUCCGCGACAAGGAAAAAUUUUUCUGGUAUUCGACCAUCUGCGCCCAAAGUCAGAUCAAAAAAGAAAAUUAAUGAAGAGAAAAAAGAGAAGGAAGAACCAAAAUCUUUGUUUGAUUUCCAUGACAAAACUCCUCAAUUAUUAAAUAAGAAAGACAUAAAAGAUGAAGGCAUUUAUAAUGUUUCUUUGAAUGAUUCUACAUUUGGUAAAUGUCAAAGUCUUGGUCAAUAUCGUGAGCGAGUUGCCAUGGCAAAAGAGAAGAAAAAAGAAGAGAUUACUGAUGUCAAAGAUAAUUCAGAAAAAAUUAUUAAUGAUAACCAAACUGUAUCCAGAAUUUCUAAUGAGUGCAAUGAAGAAAAGAUGAAACUUUCACAGUGUAAGAAAUUAUUAACUAAAGAUCAGCCUGUUGCUAAAAAAAAGUCACGUUCAAGGAAAAAAAUAAAUGACGAUGAAGACUAUGAAAACUUAUAUAAACGUACAUCUACAUGUGAAACUAAUGUUCCUGAGAGAUCUCUUACCCGCAGAACACGGUCAAAAGUUGUUAGUUAUGCAGAAAUUGAUGAAAGUUUUGAUACAAGUGUUAUAAAACCACAAACUACACCAGAAAUUAAUAAAAAUUGUCAAAAGACUACUACGAGAUUAGAAUUGCUUGGUUCUGAUAAGACUGAUGGAAGCAUGAAACAAUCUGAAAAUUCUAAAAUAGCCAAUAAAAAUAGUUUAAAGCAAGAUUCUGAGAUGGUGAUUUCAAGUCCUUCUCAAAAUCCUAAGGGGAAAAUUUCUGAACUUUCUAACUCCAACAGCAAACCAACAAUGAAUGAAUCGCACAAAGAUAGAGCACAAAAGCAUGAAAAUUUGGAAAAAGGAAUUGUAUCCUCAUUAAAACAAUCAAGUGCUGUUAGUGACAUUCUUGAGCGCUAUAGAAAAGCUUUACAAGAUGAUGACAUUUCCACUAAUGUACCUUUAAGGAGGAGAGGCAGAUCAAGCAGUCAUAUACGGAGAGAAUCUUUGACCAACUCAACUACAGAAAACGCUAGAAUUGGUUCAUCCCAACAUAGAUCACGAUCAGCUUCUUCCGUUAAAGCAGGUAGUAAGAAUUCAGGAACAGACUGCUGUAAUUCAGAGAAAAAACAAUCCAGAUUAAGUAAAGUAAAAUUUAACGAGGAAAUUAGUACAAAAAAUGUCAAAUCCCGAUCUACAAAAUCACAUAAAAAUGUUCCAGAGAAGAUGGAACAAGAAAAUUCCAGAGAAAGGACACCUGAUUUGAUUAAUGCUGAUGACAUUUUAAAAAUGAAAAAAGUUGUCCACUCUAAAGUGGAAGGAAAGGCAACAUUAAUUUGUGAAAUGAAGGAAAAUAUUGAUGUGCAACUCACUGAUUUACCACCAGAAGCUACUUCAAGAAAUACAAGUCCUUUAAAUCUUUCCAAAAAUUCUUCAAAACGUCUAUCUGAAGAUAAUUAUGAGGACACCUUUGGUGUUAAACGUCCUCGAAGGACUGCUAUUAAAUCAAUAUCAUACAGAGAGCCUGCAUUAAAUUUGAAACUCCGGCAAGGUGAUAAACUAUUUGUGACUAAAACUCUUGAAAAUGGCAAUUUUGUGUGCAAAGAUGAGGUGAAGAAACGUAAUGCCCUUGAAAAUGUAACCAAUAUGAACUGAGGGAUAGGAAAGUUUUCCUAUUUAAUAUCCUAUUUUUAAUAUCUAGCAUUUUACAUCUCUUUUAUCUAUAGAACAUUAUAUAAAUAACUGUUGUGUAUGCAUUUUACCAAUAAAUAUAAUUUAUGUGGA